AAACAAUUGAAUAUUUGGCCACUCCGCAUGCAUGCUGUUCUGAUAGUGGGGGAGAAAAGCGGGGCAAGCUCAGAGGUUCGCUUAGAUGCAGGCCUCCACAAAAGGGUCAAAUAUUUUGGUUAUGCAAUUCCAUUGGAGAACAUCAGAUACACAGAAAGGUUUUUUGAUGCGUGAAGUGCGACUUCCAAAUUCAUUUGCGUGGAGUAGUUCGAACUUAGGCCUAUUAUUUUGGCUCACCUUUCGCAAGAACGCACAUCCCCAAGAAGACACCGCCAUUUGACAUUAGCAGCAACAAUGGAAGGCAUGGAGGGCACAUACGGAGCUUUUAUCAAGUGUAUCAACGAGAAGGGUGACAUCGGAUCAUUCUUACCUCCCCAAUACGACUUGAACGGGCAGCAGUACACUCCCGAGAGUUUUGCUUCGUAUAUGCAGGAGAAUGGUGAAAUUGAGAUCGAAGUAGAUGCCAUCACGGUCGACGAGGGCUCCCAAAAGCUGGCCUCCACUAUUCUCAAGAAGUGGAAGCCCUCGAAACAGAUUUUUGGAUUGGGCCCUCCAGAUAAAGCCAUGCUUGUCGUUGAGAAACACCUAAACUGGUUUGUCGAUGGGAAGCUGUCCAAGACAAUCAGUCUGGCCGAUCAGGAGGCGAUUCAUCGCCAAUUGACAAACACAGAAGCCGAGUACAUACCAGAUCUUGUCGGUCCUAGUCUUGGGACCCAAAGUUUGGGGAAGUUGCAGUCAACAAGUCAACUCGAAGAACUCUACAGAUCAUAUCUGGCCUGUAUCAACGAGCGGACCUUAGCAACGGACUGGGAUAAAUUUGUUCAGCCACAGGUUACCUACAAAGGAACACCUUUGACGCUUGACAUCUACCGCCAAAACAUGCAAGGCGUUCUAACGGCGAUUCCAGACCUUUUCGUCGAUCUUCACACCAUCAUUGCGGAUGAGAAGACACAACGAGUGGCAGUACGACUCGAAGCUACCGGUACCGUGCCUUCGUCUCUGGCUGGGGUUGAGUCGACGGGAACCCAAGGGAAAUUUGCGGAGCACCUCACGUACCAGAUUGUGGAUGGCAAGAUUUCUCGGGCUUGGAGUAUUGCAGAUUGGGGUAGCAAUGAGAAGAUAGUCUCGAAAUAAGAUACUGGUGGUCCUUCUCACACUUUCCAGAAUGGGUGUGCUCCUGUGACUUGAAACGUAGACACUAUGGAUUUCUGAAAUGCACCUUCAUAUAACCACAAUGAAUU